AAAGGAAUAAAUACUUGUGAUUAGAGGUUGUUCAAUUCAAUCAAGCGCUGAUUGUCGAAUUCAACCCACGCUGUGACGUCAACAUGGCUGCUGAAAAAAUCGCAAAAAUUCAAUCAUUUGAAGGACUUAUAUCCCCACCUUUCACUGCAUUUCAUCCUAAUGGAGAUAUAAAUCCAGGCAUCAUUCCUAAAUAUGUAGAUUUCUUAGUUAGCCAGGGCGUCACUGGUGUGUAUGUUAACGGAACGACUGGCGAAGGAUUGUCUCUUAGUGUAGAAGAAAGGAAAACUAUUGCUGAAGCAUGGGUGAAAGCAGGAAAGAACAAACUAGAGUUAGUCAUAAUUCAAGUUGGAGCCAACAGUUUGAAAGAUGCUAAGGAACUGGCAGCGCAUGCUGAAAAAAUAGGAGCCACUGGCAUCGCCUCCCUUCCGCAGUUAUUUUAUAAGCCUCAAUCGCAUGAUCACCUGAUUGCCUACUUUAAGGCAAUAUCUGAUGCAGCUCCAAACCUUCCGAUAAUGUUGUACCAUAUACCAUCAUACGCUGGAGUUGAAAUCGCCUUGGGAGACUUCAUGCCAAAAGCAAGGAAAGCAAUUCCCAACUUCUGCGGGGCUAAGUUUACGUCAGUAGAUGUAAGAGAUCUACUCAAGUGCCACGAUUUACCCGGAGCUCCUUUCAAACUUCUUUCUGGUUUCGAUGAAGUUUUGCUUCCUUGCAUGACCUGUGGCGUUACAGCUGGAAUUGGAGCCUCUUAUAACUUCAUGGCACCCAUUUCCUUGCCCAUUAUCGAAGCUUACAAGAAAGGUGACCUUAAAACAGCUCUUAAACAUCAGAAUCGAGUUCGGCAUGCCAUAGAGACCAUUUGCAAGCACGGCCAAGGGAUUUCUGCUUUUAAAGCCGUCAUGAACCUCAUUUCCCCCCUGGACUGUGGUCCACCUCGGGUACCCCUUGUACCUCUUUGCGCUGAGGCUCUGAAGAAUCUGAAGGAGGAUCUGAAGGCUCUGAAGUCUGAAGAGUGGAUAAGAGCUUAGUUGUGUGUGUGUGUAACAAGCAGGAAAUGUGACAGUCGAUUUUGAAAAAAGACAGUCUUAGAAAAUAAAUACUUCUUUUAUUUUGA